UGGUCACACUCACACUCGCACAAAAUCACCGGUAGCAAGUAGCAAGUUCGAUUUUCACCUUCUGAAAUCUGAAAAACAGAACAUUCAAUUCAGCUCUCAAAGUUUAAACUCGAAGUAACAAAUAGAACUAAGAGAAGAGGUUUUGAAUUGAAGAGAUGGAGUCUUCGUCGAUUCGAAUCCGAACAUACGAAGAGCUUCCAACGGCUAAAGACUUCGAAUCUCUGAUAGAGCCUACAAAUGUUCCCGCGGUUUUUCGCGGGUGCACCAAUGGUUGGAAGGCCUUCUCCCACUGGAAUCCAUCCAACGGUGGCCUCGACUAUUUGCAGGCACGUGCGGGCUCUUGUAUGGUGGAGGCUAUGGUAUCUCAAUCUGCACCUGUCUUUUAUGGUGAUCUUGGAAGCCAUCAGAGGGUUCCUCUUCCAUUUUCUAACUUCAUUGGUUUUUGUAAGAAGCGGAUGCAGAUGCAAGGUAAGCACCAACAAUGCAUUGAUCAUUGUAACGCCCCGCAAAUUCAUGAUGAUACGCAACAUGAUGCUUAUUUGGCCUUGGAAGAUGUUUCAGAACAAAUUUAUUUAGCUCAGGUUUCAAUAAUGAACAGUGAUCGACAGGAAAAUGUUCAAUUAGAAGCCCUAAGGGAAGACAUUCAGAUGCUUCCGAUUUUGGAAUCAAAAGAACUAUCUUCUAUAAAUUUGUGGAUGAACAAUGGCCAAGCCAGAUCAAGUACUCACUAUGAUCCCCAUCACAAUCUUCUGUGUAUAGUUUCUGGCUGGAAACAAGUUGUUUUGUGGCCUCCUUCUGCUAGUCCCUCACUCUACCCAAUGCCUAUAUAUGGGGAGGCUUCGAAUCACAGUUCUGUUACUUUAGAAAAUCCUGAUUAUUCAAUUUAUCCAAGGGCAGAAUGCUCAAUGGCGUUUGCACAAAAGGUUGUUCUUCAGGCUGGCGAUGCACUUUUCAUUCCUGAAGGCUGGUUUCACCAAGUAGAUAGUGAUGAUUUGACCAUUGCAAUUAAUUUUUGGUGGAGAUCCAACACGAUGUCUUCCAUGUUGGAACACAUGGAUGCUUAUUAUUUGCGUAGAAUAUUGAGAAGAUUGAUUGACAAAGAAAUGGACCAACUACUGCUUAAAUUGGGGAUGGGAACUAGGAUGGGUGUAUGCAAGCUGCCUAAUAAUGGACAAACAGAUCAUGCUGAUGAAAAUCAUGGUCAGUUGUUGAAAGGGAUGGAUUUAAGAGAGAAAAGGUUUAAAGAGAGGAGCACAUUGCUAGAAUUAGAACCUGCUGCAGUCCAGGUGCUUCAUGAACUUGUGUCUUUGGUUCACAACAGUGUUAGUGCCAACCACGAUCAGCAAUCACUGUCAAAUUCUUUAAAUGAUUGUGAGCUUGUAGGGAAUGGUAAAUGCGAGAAAAUGGUGAAUGCUGACUUGAAAGAUGAUCCAGUUGCUAAAAUUCUUUGGGACGUCAAACCACAAACUCUCCAAGUUGUUUUUCUUGCUAUGGUGCACAACUUCCCAAGAACUUUAGAGGCUCUUGUACUGCAUGUACUUUCACCGCUUGGGGCUGAAGUCCUUACUCGGAAAUUUGAUGAGAUGGAUCAACAAACUCAUGGGGAAGAUCGGAAUAAAUUCUAUGAGGUUUUCUACAGUGCAUUUGAUGACCAAUCUGCAGCAAUGAAUUCAAUUCUUAAAGGGAAGGAGUUGUUCACUCAACAGGCAUUUAAAAAUGUAUUGGAUAAAUUUGUGGGAGUUAAUCUGGAAAGCUGAAAGCCGGGUGUUAGAAGAGAUGCUAAAAGGAGUAAACCUCAUGGAUGAAUGGGCCCCACCGAUACCUCCAAAGAUUAAAUUGAUGCAUAUUUGAAACUGGAGCUUUUCUUCGUCUGGGUCCGUAGAUGCCAAGUGAAGUGAAACUUAUGGAUGAAUGGGGUCCCACAGGUGCCUCCAAAGAGUAAAUUGAUGCAUAUUUGAAACGGAAGCUCUUCGUCUUGGCCUGUACUCUAUUUGUCAGUUUACAGUUACAGUACACGAUUAUCACUAAUUCAAACAGUAUACAGGGUAGUAUAAGUAACAUCAGUUGUGUACAUGCUAUGAGUAAUACAUUGAAUUAAUUUACCGAAAUUCUAUUGGGUUGAUUCUUUGACCCCAUCA